UGCUUUGGGCUUUCAAUCGCCCCUACAACAAUACAUGUGAGCCUGCACGUGCUCGAUGCUGCUCGCUGAGUCGUGACUUCCAGCCCCGGUCAUCGAUCACGCCCUUCGCGUGCGGUCGGUUUCAAUCCUCCACGGCAGUAAUGACUGUAACUCCCGCUCACCCCCGCCCUUCGCUCUCCCUCUGGAAUUUGGUUCGGCGUCGAUCCGAACACUGGACGCGUAAAAUUCCAUAUCCACUCGAUCCCCAAUUUUUCUUUCUCAAUCUUUUCUUCUUAGUUACUGUACGAUAUGAAGAUGGAGGAGGUCUAAUUCCGUCCAAUUUUUCCUCGAUUUCUUAAGUAAGUUUCCCCUGAGCUGCUUGAUCAAACAGUGUGAGCUUUUUGCAAAUAUCAGAUUCUGAACUAAGUGUGAUCCACUUAUUAUGGGUGGCUCCAUGGGCUUUGAGAAGCUAGGGGAAAAUGCUAUAACAGAUGCAUCAAUCAAGGUUUAUCAUCUCUCUCUUCUGCUUGCUCCUGUCGUGUCUGUCUGGGAUUGCAUUGUUCGCAAGAUGAGAUAUUCCUUCAGGCCUGAACGGGUGUAGGUCUAUGAUAGUAUAUAUCAUAUAGUUCUAUUAGCGUAAGAAGAGGUUAGAAAUUUGGAAAGAACAAGUUUGCUUGGAUUCUGUCUUCUUGUUAUAGAAUAUACUCUUUUUUGAAAAUAAUAAGCUGAGUCAGUAGUUAAAGAGAUUGAAAGUCAUGGAGAAAGCAUCGCAUGGUCGGGCACCCCAAGUUCUGACGAAGGAAAAGAAGAAGCAGGUGAAAGAUGAACUUGAUCGCUUGAAGCAAGCUGAGAAGAAAAAAAGGCGCCUAGAGAAAGCACUUGCAACUUCUGCAGCCAUUCGAUCUGAACUGGAGAAGAAGAAACAGAAGAAGAAAGAACAGGAUCGACUAGAUGAGGAAGGUGCUGCAAUAGCAGAAGCUGUUGCUCUUCAUGUCCUUCUGGGGGAAGAUGCAGAUGCAUCAUGUCAAGUCAUGCUGAAGAACACCAAGAGGUUCGAUUCUUUGUACCAUUCCAGCAACACUGGCCUUUUCUUGGGAUAUCAGAGCAUUGCAAAUUAUCCUGCUGAAGGACCAGGAUGGUUAUCUGCUUCAUAUAGCCCUUGGUGCACAUGGAGUUACUUGGGGAGUGGACGGUCGCUGUCACCUGCAGUGCAUGUAAAAGAUUUGCAAUUACCUUACUAUGAAAAUACAGGCCAAGGAGCAGAUAUCUCAGCAGGGUUCAUAGCAGAACAAGCUGUCUCAUCACUGCAGAUAGCAGAAAAUUCACCUAAGGAUUCAAUUUCUGGCUAGAGAGCCGCAACCGUCAUCAAUAGGAUGUUGGGAGGGAAUGAUUUGCACGACAAAAUCAAUCUUUAUAAUGUUGUUUAACUGCAUUAUCCGGUCAAGUUGUACAUAUCCAUCUCCAGUGUGCUUUUUAUUUGUUAAUGAGCUGUCCUUGAUAUUAAAUCUGUUUGUCCAUCUCUGUAAUGAUUUGUAAGAGCACCACAUAUGGUUUGAAACCUGGAACUCCUAAAGAGCAAGCCCUUAGCCUUUAAGGGUGAGAUGCAACAGGAAAAUAGCUUUCUAUUAGAACC